AUGGCCGACUUUGUCAAGCUCUCGAUCUUUGGCACCGUCUUCGAGGUCACGACGCGGUAUGUCGACCUGCAACCCGUCGGCAUGGGCGCGUUCGGCCUCGUGUGCUCGGCCAAGGACGAGUUGACCGGCCAGAUGACGGCCAUCAAGAAGAUCAUGAAGCCGUUCAGUACCCCGGUCCUCGCCAAGCGGACGUACCGCGAGCUCAAGCUCCUCAAGCACAUCCAGCACGAGAACAUCAUCUCGCUGUCCGACAUCUUCAUCUCGCCGCUCGAGGACAUCUACUUCGUCACCGAGCUCCUCGGUACCGACCUCCACCGCCUGUUGACGAGCCGACCGCUCGAGAAGCAGUUCAUCCAGUACUUCCUGUACCAGAUCCUGCGCGGCCUCAAGUACGUGCACUCGGCGGGUGUCGUCCACCGCGACCUCAAGCCGUCCAACAUCCUCGUCAACGAGAACUGCGACCUCAAGAUCUGCGACUUUGGCCUCGCUCGCCUCGCCGACCCGCAGAUGACGGGCUACGUAUCGACGCGCUACUACCGAGCACCCGAGAUCAUGCUCACGUGGCAGAAGUACGACGUCGCCGUCGACAUCUGGAGCGCAGGGUGCAUCUUUGCCGAGAUGCUGGAAGGGCGCCCGCUCUUCCCGGGCAAGGACCACGUCAACCAGUUCUCGAUCAUCACCGAGCUGUUGGGGACGCCGCCCGACGAGGUCAUCCAGACCAUCUGCUCGGAGAACACCCUCCGCUUCGUCCAGUCGCUCCCCAAACGCGAGCGUGUCCCCUUCUCGCAAAAGUUCCGCGGCGCCGACCCUCAAGCGCUCGACCUCCUCGAGAAGAUGCUCGUGUUCGACCCGCGCAAGCGCAUCGACGCGACGCAGGCACUCGCGCACGAGUACCUCGCGCCGUACCACGACCCGACCGACGAGCCUGUCGCACCAGAGGCGUUCGACUGGAGCUUCAACGACGCCGACCUGCCUGUCGACACCUGGAAGGUCAUGAUGUACUCCGAGAUCCUCGACUUCCACCACAUCGAGGACAGCACCGACUCGGGCCCGGUCGCAGGCGCCACGCCGCAGCAGCAGCAGGCGUAAGUGAGGAGGGCAUCUUUCUCGGUCGGCGGGGUCGUCCGUCGUCGAGGGCAGGACGGCUCGAGGCGAGAGGGCGCAUGAGGCCUCUCUCUUUCUCUCUCAUUCUCUCCCCCUCGCCCUUUUUCUCUUCUUCUUCUUCUUCUCCCAUGAUCCUGGUUCGGGCGGCAGCGAAGGGCAAUCCAUGCUUUGUAGAUAUCCCUGGAACGCGAUUCUCCCCACUGUACGGCA